AUGUCUUCAACAACAGUCAAGAGUGCGUCCCGGGCAGCUCUCCCCCCAGAAAUACAGCUCCUGAUCUUGGAGCUCUUGUCAAGCGAUGGCUGUAGCUUGGCUCAGUUCGCCACAGUAUCACGUCAAUGGCAGACUAUCAUUGAGCGCCGCAAUUUCGAGCGGAUCAACCUCACACUAUGGCGCAUCCCCGACUUUGGUCAUAUGACUCGCCGUAACCGAGCUCUCGUCAAAUACAUCUGGCUCUCUCUAGAGCUUAGCGAGUAUGAUUGUUUCACGUGCGGAGCCCGAAACAUGAACCGUAACGGAAACCUCUUGCCCAACCGCUGCGGAGCGGACGAGUGCAUUAUUGUUACGGCAAUGCGCGACCUAUUCUUGACCCUUAGCGCAUGGGAGCCCCAGGGCGACUUGAAACUGGAUAUCAGUAUUCACUCACCCAGCGACUCGCAGCAUUGGUUCAAGUAUUUAACCUUCGGACCCGAUACCCUUCCGCACAGUCAAGUAACGCCCAGCCAACGAGUUGAUCCUGAGCACGGGUGGAACGCCGGCAUACUAUCUUCAGCUCCGACCGAGUUAGCUUUACGCAACGUUUUUGCAGAAGUUUUGGGCAGGCCGGGUGCUAUAUUCUUCAACAAAGAGCUGGAGUGCGAAUGGUGGCAGACUUUGCCGGAAGUUCCGGCCGUAACGAGUAUGCUCCUACGUCUGCAGAACCGCCGGCGAUGGAGGCCAUCGACGCUUACAUAUAUGCUUUCCCGUCUUCCUAGACUCGAGGAAUUCCACUACGAACCUUGGAGGGCUUGGUCCAAAGGCGGUCAGAACGUGACAGAUCUAGCUUACUGUUCGCUUAUCGAUUCGCUCACGUCUAGAACGCUAAAGAAGCUUGUACUGUUCGAGAACUUCGAUGAGCAGUAUUCGUCGUGUUUUGCGCACUGCGACGAUAUGCGAGCGCCCAACUUCUGGGUCGGUCAAGCAGUCGCGAAGGCCAGUCUGGAGCUUGAGCAUCUUUCUGCAUCGUUUAUUAUCGACGCCGGCCAUUUUCUUGACGCUGUGAAGUCGGAAUGGAAUUGGUCUCACCUCAGUUCGCUAACGCUUACCUCACAACUGUUAAAUCCUCAAGAAAAUCCAGACAGGAUUAAUAAUAUGCUGGAAGCGGCAGCAUCGACGGCUUUGAAAAUGCCGAAGCUUAAGACGUUGGAAAUUUGGAAUGGACGAGUGGGAUUGGCAGCACUUCUCAGAUAUCAACUCGAGGGCAUCGGUCGUACAGUUCUAAGCUGGAAAGCCACCUGGAAAUUUGCCUUGCAGCCUCAUGUCAUCAAAGCUUGGGAAGCUGUAGCACACGCCAACCACAGUCACCUCCUGGUCCAGGAAUUCCUGGAUGAGACGAUCAGCGUCAAUUCUCACGCUGAUGCGAUCAACUAUCUGGAACUGUUCAAGGUCCUUCGUCCCAUCUCACUGCAGCAGAUUCUAGCAGCACACGAGAUGCGACGCGAGGGACCUCUCGCGGAGAGGCGCUGGCGUCAUACUACCUAG